AUGGGCCGAUCUUCGACGUCGUCGACAUCAUCAUCAUCAUCGACGUCGACGUCUCAUCGCACAUCGGGGGUUGCAUUGGACAGGAAUGCUACUGGCCAUGCUGGUGCUGAUUCUUCCCAACAGGACCAAGGGUAUCUGACUCAUCACCAGCAAGGGAAUUUGAUAUUCAAAGAACUGGGCAGACGCAAGGCCCCACAUCCACCAUCAUCCUUUGCAACCCGAAUUUAUCGCGAAGAGGAACAACGAAGGAGUCUUGAAGUUCAACAACAACAACAUCAUCAUCACCAGCAACAACGUCUUCCAGAUGUUGUUCGACCUGCAGCAGCCAUGCAACACACUCAUCAUAAUCCAGAUUACCCAGCAAUGGAUGAUGCUGAUAUUGCAGGAUUCAUGGACGAAUUCGAUGCCACGCUGCAAGUGUACGAAAAUGAAUCAGGAAGUAAUAAUGAAACCCAUGGGAACCCAACUGAACCCAUCAGUGGGAACAGAAGCAGGGAUUAUUCAAGAACUGCUGCUGCUGCUGGUGACCAGCAAAUUAGCAGGGAUACACCCAUCAGCAACACCCCGAAGCCAAAACCCAGGCCGCAACCCCGCAGAACCUGAGCAUUGAAUGCAUUCCCUGGCUAUAAUAAAUGCAUUAUAGUUAUACUUAUUGUUGAAUUAAAAAAAGUGAUUUGUCUUGAAAGUAGGACUGGGUUCUUAUAAAUAGCUACGUUUUCUG